GGGAUGUGUUUUGAACACAUUAAUAUUAUUUUAACAAGUUAAAUGAUUACUUAAAUAGGUUAUGGGUAAUUACUUUUUCAACUUUAAUAUAAGAAUAAUUCUUCAGGUGUUACAAAUACGAAUCUUGCAUUUUCGCAGGGGUCGGCUACUGACCGAAACAGACGGCAGUCGCCAAGGUUCGCUAAACAAGCCGAAUCAAGUCGAACUUCCAAGUUCGAGUCCGACAGAAGUUUUCGCCCUCUCUGACAACAACAUGGCGGCCCACGUGGAUGCGAAGCUGGUGGAUUCCGCGCUCAAAACUCUUCGGAACGUGGAGCGCAAACACCGCAAGACUGCAACCAAAAAGCUACUUGUCGACGACGAUACAAGCAACGAGGUCGUCUACCUCCAGUUCACACUCAAGAAGAUCCCGUACAACAAAGAGACCAAGCGGAUCCGACUGGAGCUGCCGCACUCCCUGCUGAGCGACACGUCGGAGGUGUGCCUGAUCACGGGCGACCUGGAGCCCAAGAACAAGCGGGCAGAAAGCGAACCCACUGUGGACCACUUCCGAGAACUGCUGACCGCUGCGGGUGUCUCCAGGAACAUUGAGGUGCUGCCCCUGCGUCAGCUGCGCACGGAGUACACGGCCUACGAGGCCAAGCGGCAGCUGUGUGCGGGCUACGACGCCUUCCUGGCCGACCGCACCAUCUACCCCGUGGUUCCGCGCCUGCUGGGGAAGGUCUUCUUCGUCAAGAACAAGCUCCCCCGGAGGGUGGACCUCAAGUCGAAGCGCCUGAAGCACGACGUUGAACGGGCGCUCUGCGUCGAGGAGCUUCUGCUGCGCGGGGAGGGAACGGCAAGCAGCGUGAAGGUGUGCCACCUGGGCAUGAGCAACAAGGAGGCGAUCGAGAACGUUGCCGCAGCCCUUGCGACCCUAGAGUGCUCUCUGCCCGGUGGCUGGCCCAACCUGCUCUCUGUUCACCUCAAGACAGCAAGGUCGCCAGCCCUGGCCCUGCACAUGUCCUUCGGGUCCCGCAACGAGGUGCACCUCCCGAAGGCGCCCGAGGACCCGGGCACCCUGGAGGGCGACCUGAGCACGGUGCCGGGGGCGAGGGUGGCCGUCAAGCGGUCGGGGGAGGUGGCGCUGCGGCCGGCCACCAAGGCGGUCCGGAGGUCGCUUCGGGGCCAGAAGGGGGAGGAGGAGCCGGAGGAGCUGCAGCACGACUCCAGCCUCGGACACCUGCUGCGGGAGCAGGCCGCGCAGCGCAAGGAAGACACGCGCAGGUACCGGAGCAAGGCCCGUACCAGGCGUCUGCUGGUGCACAGCGCCCUGCGGCACAAGGGAGGCCGCAGGAGGGGGACCGCCCAGUGACCUUGACCGACGACUCUGCUCUUUACCAGUCAAUAAACGGCACUCCUCGGGACGC